CACACCACUAUGCUAUCUUAAGAGUACAAGUACAAGAUUUCGUCGUGCGGACAAACCUAUUGGCUUAGGCUUCUCACCGCCUGGUGGUGAUCAGUAUUCUUUCCACACAUCCUUGGAGUUGUCAGUUCUUGACUCACCUUAACGCUCUCUCCGUCAUGGCCGAAGUCAUAGGAGUUGCGGCUGCUGCUAGUCAGCUAGCGGUAUCCUGCUUUGCAAUUCUCGAGCUCAUGAAAAAGAUAAAAGAGGCGCCAUCAGCCUUGAAAUGUUAUCGAACACAACUUCAAGAACUCCAUGAUCUUUCCAACUCUAUAUCUCUCAACCCUCUUCUUCAGACAACCGAAAUUGGUGUACAGACUCGUUCAUUACAAGAGAUUGUCGACCAACACAACAUCGAAGCAACUUUGAGCAGAAGCCGUUUGUUUCAAUCCUUUGUGUUUCUCCGUAAAGAGAGAGAUCUGAAGAACACCUUGGAUAUACUGGAAAGGCGCAAGUCUCAACUUUCUCUUAUCAUACACAAUAUCGAGGCCAGCACACUCCACCAGAUACAGUCAGACAUACAUGCCAUGGCGAACCGUUCCUUGCGCAACACAAAGAAGAGCCUAUUGCCUGAUCUCGAGGAUGAUGCUGCCGAGUUUGAGAGACAGGCCGGCGCUUCAUCAUCGUCAACGAGUGGUGCUUCAGUUGCGCUUGUGAAAAAUGCACAUAGGUCUCGGGACUGGGAACCUGCCUCCGUUCUCCACGACUAUCAUUGCAACUUGGCCAAAGAAGCCGAAAAACGCUGCGAUGUAGGGCCAAACCAAGCUCAUCCCCUUCCUACCAGCAACAGGUCUUCUUCUGAAAAUUGGCCUCAUCAGGGUUUCCCGAUUGGAAUUGAAGUCAACAUGAAAGGUCGGACAGUAUACCGCGAUUGCACGGCUGGUGAGGGCGUCACCCAAGUCAAUGGAGCGUACAUCGAAAAUGACCCGGAUCUCCUUAAUCGAAUGGCGAUGCAGCCAUCUGGACAUCACUUCAACUAUGACAACAUUGGUCAUGCGAAUUCCCCCGCUUCGUCAUGCAUAACUCAGACACCGAGUUCCACCGACAAUGCUCUCCUGUACAUCAAUUGUACAAAAUCUGGGGCUGGCGAUCAACACAAUAAUCUUGACGCCACUUACGAUGGAGACGUGUAUGGAACUCCGUCUAUGCACGCCUACUAUUUCGGAUGCGCCUUGCUACCAAGCCAAGGUCAGGGCCAGACAUCAACUGGGCAAAGGCAAAUUAAUGGGCCCAGCUUGAGAAGGCAGAAAAAGACCAAUGCUGAGGAUUCGUGA